CGGACCGAGGAGACACUGUCAGUGUCAAGGCAAGUGAGACAAGGCACAGGAAUCUGUCCAGCGUUGAAGGAAUGCCGUGAGCUGAACACCCUGUUAAAACCCAGUGAUUAACUUUAAAAAGAGAGACCUGAGGAAGUGCAAGAACGGGAUGCUUCACAGAGGAUUUAGUUUGCCUGCUUGUUUUUUGUAAAAAUCUAAAUUUUGAAGGAUUUAAUAAUAUUAUUUCAGUAGUGUUUGGUGCGAGCAUUUGAGAGUUUCUAAUUUGUUUGAUUUGACUUUUUGAGUAUUGGAUCAACAAGUUAGUUUGCUAAUUUGCUUUGUGCAGUUUGUAUUUUAGUACAUUAGAGGAUAAUAUGAGUUGCAAGACAACAGGCUGCUCUUUUAUUUAUGUUUAUUGAUUAUUUUCAUUUGUUAGUUUGUUUAGAUAACCAAGUGGUUAUCUAAAUAUUUUCGUGACUUUAAGAGUUGUUUGUGAGUGUGGGAGCUGAUAUUCUUAUGCCCAUGGCUGUCCCGGAACCUGUUGCCACCCGGAGGUUGGCACUGGACUGUCGUACCCUGCUGGAUCACCGCCCGAGCCGUGGGGUGUGUGGUUGUUGUGGGGCGCUGAGGCCACGCUACAAGAGACUAGUGGACAACAUCUUCCCUGAAGACCCUGAGGAUGGGUUGGUAAAGGCUAACAUGGAGAAGCUCACUUUUUACGCCCUGUCAGCUCCAGAGAAGUUGGAUCGGAUCGGGGCGUACCUGUCUGAGAGGCUGUCCCGUGAUGUAGCUAGACACCGUUAUGGGUAUGUGUGUAUUGCGAUGGAAGCCCUCGACCAGCUGCUAAUGGCCUGCCACUGUCAGAGUAUCAACCUGUUUGUGGAGAGUUUCCUGAAGAUGGUGCGAAAACUCCUGGAGGCUGACAAGCCCAACCUGCAAAUCCUGGGGACAAACUCAUUUGUGAAGUUUGCUAACAUCGAGGAGGACACCCCCUCGUAUCAUCGCAGUUAUGAUUUCUUCGUGUCACGGUUUAGCGAGAUGUGCCAUUCCAGCUAUGAGGAUCCUGACAUCCGCACCAAAAUCCGAAUGGCUGGCAUCAAAGGUCUGCAGGGGGUAGUGAGGAAGACCGUAAACGAUGAGUUGCAGGCGAACAUCUGGGACCCUCAGCACAUGGACAAGAUCGUCCCCUCGCUGCUCUUCAACCUGCAGUCUGGUGAAGGCACAGAGAGUCGCUCUCCCUCCCCGCUGCAGGCCAGUGAGAAGGAGAAAGAAAGCCCAGCCGAGCUGACAGAGCGCUGCUUUCGGGAACUGCUGGGCCGUGCCGCCUAUGGCAACAUCAAGAACGCAGUCACCCCUGUGCUUAUGCAUCUUGAUAAUCACUCUCUGUGGGAAGGCAAAACAUUUGCAGUGCGCUGCUUUAAGAUCAUCAUGUACUCCAUUCAGUCUCAGCAUUCUCAUCUAGUCAUCCAGCAGCUCUUGGGCCAUUUAGAUGCCAACAGUAAGAGCUCAGCCACAGUGCGUGCUGGGAUUGUUGAGGUCCUUCUGGAGGCGGCUGCCAUCGCUGCCAGUGGCUCUGUUGGCCCCACAGUGCUGGAGGUGUUCAACACGCUGCUCCGGCAUCUGAGGCUCAGUGUGGACUAUGAACUCACAGGAUCCUACGACUGCACCAACCUCGGCACCAAGAUCAUCAAGGAGCACGAGGAGAGACAGCUACAGGAAGCCGUCAUCAGGACUAUCGGCUCAUUUGCAAACACGUUACCCACGUAUCAGCGCUCUGAAGUGAUGCUCUUCAUCAUGGGAAAGAUCCCCAUUCCAGGCAUGCAUCUCACACUGCCCUCUACAGGCUCAGGGCUUGAAGGCAACCGUAUGAUCCAAGUCAUGCUGUUGAAGUCCUUGAGACAGGUCACAUGUGGCUUCCAGACGACUAACAUGCUGACAGCUCUGCCCAACUCCUUUCUGGACCCAUUGUUGUCAUUUGCUCUGCUAGAGGAUGCAGAAAUUCGGCUGCUGGUGCUGGAAAUUCUGGUCAGCCUCAUUGACCGCCAUGACAACCUCCCCAAGUUCUCCACCAUCAGUAUCAUCUCUGAUAUCUCUGUGCUUAAACUCAAAGUGGACAAGUGCUCACGUCAAGACAACCUCUUCAUGAAGAAGCAUGCGCAGCAUCUGUACAGACACAUCUACCUGUGCAGUAAGGAACAGAGCAGCGUGCAGCCUCACUUUGAGAAGCUCUACUCACUCCUGGCCCUCAUCAGCAUGGAGCUGGCCAACGAGGAGGUGGUGGUGGACCUUAUCCGUGUGGCGCUCGCUCUACAGGACUUGGCUCUGAGCAGUGAGGAGAUGUUACCGGUGUAUAACCGCUGUGCUGUUCAUGCCCUGUCCUCUGCUUACCUCAAUCUCAUCAGUCAGCUCACCACCGUUCCUGCGUUCUGCCAGCAUGUUCAUGAGGUGAUUGAAAUGAGACAAAAAGAAUUUCCUUACCUGUUACCUGAGGACGUCUUCAUUAAAAACGCAAAGAUUCCUAAGACACUGGAGAAGCUGGAAGGAGAGGUGUUGUUCCAACAGGCCAAGAUCGCUGAGGUUCUUGGAGGAAGUGGCUACAACACUGAACGACUAGCUACACCUUAUGUCCCACAGUUUACAGAUGAGGACCGGCUCUCAAAGAGAAAGAGUGUUGGAGAAACAAUAUCUCUCCAGGUGGAGGUAGAGUCCAGAAACAGUCCCGACAAAGAGGAGAGAACACCAGCUGAAGAAAUCACUUUUGAAACACUAAAAAACGCCAUCGUGGACAGUGUAGGCGUAGAGGAACAGGAGAAGGAACGCAGGAGACAGGUGGUUGAGAAGUUCCAGAAGGCCCCCUUUGAGGAAAUAGCUGCCCACUGUGGUGCCAGAGCUUCAAUGCUGCAGAGCAAACUUAAUCAAAUCUUUGAAAUCACGAUCAGGCCUCCUCCCAGUCCAUCUGGAACCAUCACAUCAAGUUACGGCCAAACCCAGAGUCGCUCUGUCCCCGUUUAUGAGAUGAAGUUCCCGGACUUGUGCGUUUACUAGUGCAGCUCAACUCAGGAUUCAGGAACCUUCAGUAGCAGCAAGAGGUGCAGGGAGCUGGAGGGUUUUAACUAUUAAAUUAUAUUUUUAUGUUUUUAAUGCAGGAAAACUAAGAGGUCAGCCCUCCUCUAUCCUAUAAGCCUCAUUGCUGUAUUGUCCCGUUCCCCCGCCUAUGCUGUUACUGUAGACAGUAACUGUUGGAAGAAUUUCGAACAUUUGGGUUCAGUUACGCUGAGUUUUCCGUAUGUACAAAUAUUUCCCACAUAUUCUUGGUUAUUCUGCUCCUCCAUAGCUCACAUAGACAUGUAUUUGGGCAAGUAUUGCAGCAAAAUUCAACGGGGGCACAAAACCUAUUAAGAACAUGUCUGGGUUAUAUUUCACCCCUAAAAUCAGAAGGAAGAAAUAAUAAAUUAUAUUUUGAAUUUUUUUUUUUUUUUUUUUUUUUGCAAUGUGACAUUGUUUUCAUGACAAUUAAUUUCAGUGCUGAUUUCAAUUACAAAUCAUUUCAUUACAGUCAUUCCUUAUUGUAAUAAAACUAUAGUAAAAUCACCGGUAUUUAAGGCGGUAUUUAUUAUUUUGGAAGUGAAUAGUAUUUAAUUGUCAUAAAAAAUAAUGUUGUGAUGCAAAAAAAUCUUAAUAAUCAUAAAAUAGGCUUCAUUUUGUAUAUAUAUGUGUGUGUGUGUGUGUGUGUGUAUAUAUAUAUAUAUAUAUAUAUAUAAUAUACACACACAUAUAUGUACAUAUAUAUGUAUACACACACACUUUUUUUAUCGUACAAUAAAUUAUGAUGAAGAGGAGUUUUAUAGAGAAAAAGGUGAAACUUCCCCCUUUGUCAUCUCAUGAUAAUUUGUGACAAAUCAAGCUUACAAACCUUUCUACCACUUUCUACCAGAGUUUAAAUCCUAUUAGUAUCAAUGAAGCCCAUUUAUUACACAACACGUCUCUCGAAUGAUUUUUACUUGUUGGUGCUAAUUUUUGUUCCUAGUAGUUUGAACAUUUAGUGAAUUAACUUUUUAUUGUUUUCUUUAAACAUUGGAAGCUUAUUAUCACAAAGUGUUCUCAGUCUGUGUAGAUAUCUGGAGUUUGGAUCACUGGAGGUGACUGUCUUAUGUGUUAAACACAGUUAAGUGGUGUUAAGGAGCUCUGGUGCUCAAAAAACUAUUUAAUUAACACUUUUUUCUAUUUAUCUAACCAUACUCAUUUGCAUUCAUCUGUAACCUGCUAAGUUGUGCUUAUUUUUGAGUGCUUCCGCACAGUGUUGUGGCAUUAGACAAUUUUUUAAAUUAUUUUUAUUUUGUAAACAUAAGCAUAAUUUUUACUGUGUAUAUAAAGUUGUGUAUAAGGUCUAUGAAUAUAUGUAAAUAGCUGUUUAUUAGUUUUAGAAUGCUCUGGUUUAGUCCUUGUUUGGUCAUUGUCUGAAUGAGAGUGUGUAUUUCCUCAUAAAGAACAAAUCAAUAUGACGCCUUCUUUUUUAUAGAGUUUGCAAAAUUCAUAGAUAUGUUUUUGUGAUUGACUGCUAGCUCCAGGGUUCAGAGGAAAAUGAAGAAAAAACAGUCUAUCAGGAAAGGCAACAUCGCCAUUCAUCACACUCCUGGUCAAACAUAUUUUUUUGAUGUCAUUUGAAUUACAUAAAUCUCUACAAAUAUCCCAGAUCAUCCCGAGAGAUAUUUUAGGGCUGAUCUGCGUCUAAACGUAUAAUAGUUUAAGGAUAAUAUACAGCCGGGGUUUAUUUUGCUAUUGUGACCGUCUGACUGUACAUUAUCCUGCUUAUUACAUCCUGCUAAUUACCAAAUAGAAAAAUAUAUGGAUAUGAAAUAUUCAUUCUGAGUGGAUAUUAUUUAAUUAUUUUAAUUGUAGAUUAGCUUCCUUGUAGAUGUGCUAAGAAAAACGUCCAUUAGCAACAAGACCUGCAAUACAACAAUAUUACAAUAUUAAUUUAUAUAUAGUAUUUUUAAUCUGCAAUCCAAGUUAUGUUUUUUUAUGGACUAGUUAGCUAACAUAUUUAUCUACAACGUAACAAGUCUUCCUGUAUUUUAAGUUCUCUCUCAUCCAGCUCUUUGUGUUUCUUACCAGUUCAUUGUUCUUCCAAGCUAUUUCUUUCUUUCUUUCUUUCUUCUAGCCACCUAUCAAAGAUUUUAUCUUCACAGUAAAAUUAAGUUGGUAACUGUUUUGAGUUGCCAUUGAGCUAUUCUAACUUGUUUUGGUCUGAAAAGCGAGCGUGUGGUGUGAUACGAAAAACAUACUAUGGUCAGAUUCACAGUUUAGCGGUCAUUAUACAAAAUUUCUCCUAUUGGCUAAUAAGAAUCAAGUAUUUUAGAGGCUGUAUAAUAAAUUAUAUUUUUACUAUUUGAUGGAAAACUUUAAACCUGUAAGUGUGAAACCUUCCGUUUUCCUCUUGUCUUUCAAAUUAUUCAUGUUUAGCUAGCAGACAUUUGUGUGUUUCUGCAUAUUUUAGUCCCAUUAUGUGAAAGGACUAUUUUUUGUAUGGCUGUGGAUUUUAUAGUGCCAUUAACUGAACUGCUGUGCUUUUUCUAGAGGAUUCUCUCAGCAUGCUGUUAUUUAUGUCAUCAAUUGGUGACUGCAUACAGUAUAUGUUUUAAGUAUUACAGAUUAAAUCAUUUUUGCCAUGAAUUCAUUAUUCGUUUAUAUUACACAGACAGAGCAGUAGAUAUUUUAAUGAUCCAACAAAAAUAACCAGAGAUACCUAAAAAGUAAAUGCUCUGAUUCCUGUAGUCUGUAGUGUCUUUACCCUAGUAUUAGUCACUGCCGUCCUUAGUAUUAGUAUGCAUUUGCUAUAUGAGUAUUUCCUUGAAAUGAAUCUGAAGUGUAGCUCUUGCCCCGAUUAUAUCUGUGUAAAUGCUCAGUAGUUCUGUAAAUACAUCUCACAUUUCUUCAGCAUUGGAGUUCAGUAAUGGAUUUAAUGUCUGUAAGAAUGGUAAUUUCUGGGCUGUGACGUGUCAAAGUUUGUCAUUUAUUAUGUCUUUGCAAUUUAAGUGUCAUUUCUGAUGUAAAUGGAGUCUUAAAUUGGAGAGCUCUGUUUCUGAGCUGUGUGUAGCACUGAUGAAAUAUCAAUCACAAUGUCUGUUUCUUUUUCUAAUGAAUGAAAGUUUUCCCUCUGAUUUGUUUGUGGUUAAACUGCAAAUAGACAAUAAAACAUUUUCAAUACAA